GUCAUCGCAUCUGCCUGCUGCCAUGCUCGUCGACAAUCGUCCUGUCCUUUCCGAUCUCUGUGCCAGUGGCUUGGCUGGUGGUAUUGCUCUAUGUUGUCUCAAACUCUGGCAAGAAACUGCGAAACGAAGCCUUUUUGACCAGUCACUAGAAUAUGCUGUGACGUGUAAACCCAUAAAAAGGAAACAAUGAGGGGUCAGCUGUAGGGUUUGCUCUUUGAGUUCCAAAUUGCUUUGCACCUGAGGGGAUGGGUACGUUGACUGAAAACACAAUUGUUUCUGAUCUUUGGGCAACAUUGGUGUUGGCCGGGAUCAUUUUUGCGGUUCUUCAUUUAUGGAAAGUGACUGCAAAUUCAGGGCUUGACCAGAAACUGAAUAGAAAGCUUGUGCAUAUAAGCAUCGGCUUAGUUUUCAUGCUUUGCUGGCCCCUGUUCAGUGCAGGGCGUCGGGGAGCAAUGUUAGCAGCUCUUACUCCAGGCAUCAAUAUCUUUCGUAUGCUGUUCUUGGGAUUAGGAAUAUAUAAAGAUGAAGGCACAGUGAAGUCAAUGACUAGAUUUGGAGACCACAGGGAACUUCUUAAGGGACCACUAUACUAUGCCACAACAAUUACUUUGGCAUGUAUAAUCUGCUGGAGGACUUCGCCAAUUGCAAUUGCGGCAAUAUGCAACCUCUGUGCCGGAGAUGGUUUGGCAGAUGUGAUUGGUAGGCGAUUUGGCAAUCUGAAGCUUCCUUACAACCGAAACAAGUCUAUAGCUGGCAGUAUAACGAUGGCAUUAUCUGGAUUCUUGACAUCUGUUGGGUAUAUGUAUUACUUUGCAUCAUUUGGAUAUUUGGAGAGAAGUUGGGAAAUGGUGUUGGGUUUCUUGAUUGUGUCCAUUGCCUCUGCCCUGGUGGAAUCACUCCCUAUAAGUACCGACCUUGAUGACAAUCUGACUGUCCCCAUCGCAUCAAUGUUGAUGGGCAGUCUUGUUUUCUGAAGUCAGUAACAUCUGUAACUUUUAACUUGCCUGAUGAACGUAAUGUAUUGAUAUGAAAUGCUGUUACCUAUUAGCAAGGCGAUUCUUGCUGGCAGUGGCCAGUGCCUUCCUUAGUCUGCGUCGGAUAAUCCCCUGCCGUUGUGCUUUUAGUAGACAAACCAUAUGCAAAUCUUCCGGAAAAUUGAAGAAUUGCAUAUGGACUACUAUUAUGGAGCAUUCACUGAACAGCAGUAUUGGGGGUAAUAUCAUCCUUUAUAUGUCUUGAAGGUCUAAUUAAUCAGCUUCAAAGUUAA